UAUGCGACAUGUGAUUUUUAUUUGAAUUUUGAAAUGUAAAUAAUCAAUUAGUAAAAUUAAAUUAAUCCUCUUACUAUUAUUGUGAACAAGUGAAAUUAGUAAAUUAGAAAUUUAUGAGCGAAAAAAAGGAAGCAGUAAAUAAAUAAUAAGUGUACAUAAAAAAUUUCGUUAAAUAUGAAUUGCGAUAUUCAAAUUCGUGUAUAUUUGCUGUGGUCUGCAACUAUAAAGGACAAAUUUGUUUGACGUUUACCAACUGUUUUUUAUAAAUUAGUGGUUCCAGAAAUUUUAAUUUUACCAGAGAAUCUUACGGAUUAAUUUUCAAGUGAAAUAUUCAAGAAGACAUAUAUAAAUAUAAGCCGACCAUGAAAACGGGAACUCUAAGCAGAGAUUCAAUUUUCGGAACUCAAUAUUGGACAUAAAGGCAUGUUGUACGUAAGAAGAGCGGAAAUAGAGGUCCGCACGAAAGAUGAUGGAGUUAAGUAGAUAGAAGACCAUUCCUGGCACCAUCAAGCAGACGCUACUUUGCGGCGCACGAUGCUCUGCUAUCUCACUCUAACUAUUCUCUUCGUCGUUAAUGUGCCAUUCGUGACGGGGUUGGAGCCAGACUUCCUUUACCCACUUGAUAAUGUAACGAUCCCGCAGGGUCGAGACGCUACCUUCACCUGUGUGGUGAAUGAUCUCGGUGGAUACCGGGUGAGUCCUUCCUCCUCCGCGAGUGGAAAUCAUGGUGGCACCGGGGUUCGGGUGGCAUGGAUCAAAGCGGACACAAAGGCGAUUUUAGCAAUUCACGAACACGUUAUUACAAAUAACGCUCGACUUUCUGUGAAGCACAGUGAUUCACACACGUGGACAUUGAACAUUAAAGGAGCACGUCGAGAGGAUCGAGGAAUAUACAUGUGCCAGGUGAACACUGAUCCCAUGAAAAGCCAGAGCGCAUUUCUGGAGGUGGUAAUCCCACCGGACAUAAUUUACGAAGAGACGUCUGGGGAUCUCAUGAUACCGGAAGGUGGUUCUGCGAAGCUGGUUUGUAAGGCCCGCGGUUUCCCAAAGCCAGACAUUGCUUGGCGACGGGAAGACGGCAACGAAAUAACGUCAAGAUCCAGCCACACCGGUGGAAAAACAAGAGUACCAGUUGCACAAGGGGAAACACUACAAUUUUCUAAGGUAACGAGAAGUGAAAUGGGCGCUUAUUUAUGUAUAGCAAGCAAUGGCGUACCUCCAACCGUCAGCAAACGAAUGAUAUUACAAGUACACUUUCGUCCAUUGAUUCAAGUGCCGAAUCAGCUUGUGGGUGCACCAACCGCUACUGAUGCCACAUUGGUUUGCUAUGUAGAAGCUUCGCCAAAGCCUAUAAAUUAUUGGACCCGUGAAACAGGGGAAAUGAUAAUCACUAAUGAAAAGUACUCAAUGUCAGAAGUGAAAUCAUCACUGUAUAGUGCGCAAAUGCGUUUGUUAAUAAAGGACCUGCAAGAUCGUGAUUUUGGUGGUUAUAAAUGCAUCUCAAAGAAUUCAUUGGGUGAUGCUGAGGGAAGCAUUCAUCUUUAUCCAAUGAAUUUAGAGGAUAAAAAUAAUGACGGUGUUCAUCUUGAAGACGAAGCAUCAGAAGAUCGAGAAGGUCAAAGACUUAAUCACGUGUAUCAAGGAUCAUUAAGAGAAACUGGUUCAACAUUGAGACCACGACAUAAUGGUGAUGGUUACAAUAAUUCUAAUUCAUCGUUAAGAAAACAUAAAUCAACUGUUUGGAUAAUGCUAAUUAUAUCCUAUCACCUGACAAGGUACACGUAAGACCAUCAAUAAAUAUAUAUAUAUAUAAUAAGAGUUACCAAAUCGUUCGUUUUCGUAAAAAGAAUAUUUUUAAAACUUUCGCAAAUUUGAGACAAAAAAGUAUAAACGCCGAUUACGAUAAAAUUACUCAAUAAUCUUUAUUUAUACUCAGUAAAUUUAAUUUACUAUAAGAAACUUAUUAAAUUAUAGUAUAAAACUUAUAAGUUAUUUUAAAUAAUUCAAAUUUAUAAUAAUAUGAAAGUGUUUAUUAAAGAAUUUUCAAAACUUCUGUUCCAUAUUUUCAUGCUAAAUUAAUUCUUAUUCAUAAGCGUGUAAUUUACCUAAGAAAAAAAUUUGAACGAUUGGUGCUCAGCACUGAGGGUCUUUUUAUUAUUUUCGUUAAGAAAAAAUGUGAGAUAUUUAAAAAUGUAAUACAUUGGAAGUGAAAAUGUUAGAAAAUUUUUGAUUGUUGCUAAUAAUAAUAAUAAUAAAAGUAAU